GUGCUUUUGAGAAAAGCUGGCCGCGCUGAAGGGGCUUGUUCUAGGCGACCCAGGAGUUGUAGCCGGGAGAGGGAGUGGUUGUGGAUGCAACGGAGGCUUAUGGUCACUCUGGAAGUACUGCCUGUGUUGAUGUCACGUCUCUUCUGUCCUCCGAUGGAAGGGCCGUCCGUAGAAAAUGUGUGUAAACUCUUGCUCCUGAAUGGACUCCAGGAGCCCUACCCUUGGUUUUCACUGCCCGGGAAGACCAAGAACGAGUCUCCUGGCGCUUCGAAGAGGCUUGUUUCUGCUUCAGCUUGUCCACUUUCAGGGAUUUGGCUCUGAAAUUUGAGCCGGAGAGAUGCAGAAUUUGGUUCUGAGGACGAGACUGGGCCUGAGGCAGAGUAAGCACAUUUUUGCGCCGGAGGAGGAGAGCCCAGGAUACACGUCUAUACAAGCUGGGCACCGGGGCGGUCUAUCAACGGUUUGAGCUCACACCAGCCUGCCUGCCUUGGUACUGAUAGAAGGACCCUAGUCGGAGACGUCGUAGGGAUUCUCAACUUUGGCUGCGUGUUGGAAUUACCUGAAAAGCUUUGGACAUAUUGAUACCUGGAGUCCAUUCAGGAGCAAGAGUUUACGAAGAACUUCAGGUGAUUCUAAUGUGCAGGUAAAGCUAAGAACCAUUGAGCUACAGCUUCAGAGAAGACUGGAGAUUACAAGAAUAUGGAUCUGAUGACAUUCAAGGAUGUGGCUGUGGAAUUCACCCAGUGGGAAUGGGGGCAGCUGGAUCCCUCUCAGAAGGACCUGUACAGGGAAGUGAUGCUGGAGAACUUCAAGAACUUGGCCUCUCUGGGGCUUCCAGUAUCUAAACCAUAUGUGAUCUGCCAGUUGGAGGAAGGAGAAGAGCCCUGUGUGGUAGAGGGAGAAAUCUCAACAGACUGGGAGAAAAGGCCUAAAACCAAGGAAUCAAUGCUGUAUCAGGAAAUUUCCAAAGAGGAAUUAUUCCAGGUAGCAUCAAUGGAAAAACAUAUCAGAGAUGAACUCUGCUUCUGCAAACGGAAAGGAACCUGUGGUUGUGAUGACCAGUUAGAGACACAUCCAAAGAAACAGGAGACACAUCCGAAAGAAAUGUCAAUCACUCACAAAUCCACUACCACCCUUAGGAUAGAUCACGAAUGGACUGAACUGGGGAGAAGUUUAGACUUAGGAUCAGUCCUUUUUAACCAACAUAAUGUUCCCAUAGGAGAAGGAUCCUAUAAAUCUGACACAGAAGUCAGACAGACUUCAGGAAGAAAUAACUCCCAGAGAACCCAUCCAGGGAAGAAACCUUGUAAAUGUAAUGAAUGUGGGAAGUCUUUCCAUUUCCAGUCAGAACUUAGGCGCCAUCAGAGAUGUCACACUGGAGAAAAGCCCUAUGAAUGCAGUGAAUGUGGGAGAGCCUUUGGUCAUAUUUCAUCCCUUAUUAAACAUCAGAGGACUCAUACUGGAGAAAAGCCCUAUGAAUGCAGCGAAUGUGGGAGAGCCUUCAGCCAGAGUUCAUCUCUUGUUCUACAUUAUAGAUUUCAUACUGGAGAGAAACCCUACAAAUGUAAUGAGUGUGGAAGAGCCUUUGGUCACACUUCAUCCCUUAUUAAACAUCAGAGAACUCAUACUGGAGAAAAGCCCUAUGAAUGCAGGGAAUGUGGGAGAACCUUCAGCCAGAGUUCAUCUCUCAUUGUACAUUAUAGAUUUCAUACUGGAGAGAAACCUUACAAAUGUAAUAAAUGUGGAAGAGCCUUCAGCCAGAGUUCAUCUCUCACUCAACAUUAUAGAUUUCAUACUGGAGAGAAACCCUACAAAUGUAAUGAAUGUGGGAAAGCCUUUGCUCAUACUGCGUCCCUUAUUAAGCAUCAGAAAAGUCAUGCUGGAAAAAAAGCUGUAUGAAUUCAGUGAACACAGCAAGGCUUUCAGCUGGAGUACACACAUGGUUCACAUUACACACAUUGGAGAGAGCUCCUGUAAGUGUAAUGUAUGUGCGAAGACUUGGUUGGAAGACAUUUAACAUCAGACAGUACAUGCUAAAGAGAAGCUCUAUCAAUGUCAAGAGAGAAGGUGGGCUUUGAGUCACACCUUGCCCCUUAUCAAACAGCAGAGAAUCCAUACUAGUGAGAAACCAUACAUGUGAUGGAUUCGGAAAGGCUUUUGUCAGAGGAUACACAUUAUUCAACAUCAGACAGUUUCUACUGGCAAGAAGCCUUACCAAUGCAAUGAAUAUGGCACAGCUUUUGGUCACACAUAUUUUUCAAUCAAUCAGUCAAUCAAUCAACCAACCAACCAGUAAGUAAAUAAUUAUCAGGUAACUCCUACUGGAGAGCAACUACAAGUGUGGUAAAAGCCAUCUGUAAUAUGUCUUCCUUUACUAAGCACCAAGAACACAUUAAAAGGGAAGCCCCAUGAAACAUUAACUGUGGGAAGACCUGUCAGAGCUCAUCUCUUAAAAAGAAUCAGAGAAUUCAUUCUUGAGAAAAACACUAUGGAAAUGGUGAAUGUGGGAGUGCCUUUAGCCAAACCUCUUUCCUGUAUAAACUUCAGUGAACUCACCCUACUAGUUAGAAACCCUGGGAAUGUAAUGGACUUGGAAAUGCCUUUGACAGAUUUCCCACCCAUUUUGUACAUCAGAGAAUGUGUACUAGAGUGAGUCUUUGAAUCUGCUGAAACUAGGAAAACCCACUAGUAUAGUUCAGGCCUCAGCAUACAUUAAAGCUUCAUUCCACAGAGAAACCUGGGAACUUAAUGGAUGUGGGGAAAGUUCCUUUCAGACUUGAGAUUCAUAAAACAAGAGCUGAAAGGAAUCUGAGAAAUCACCUAGUCUGGUGAUUUUCUACCUGGUAGGGGCUCUUUAUAACUGCUUCUCCUCCCCAUUCUCUUUCUGAUGCAAGAAGAGGUGUUACUGUGUGGGCAAGGAGAAUGGAGGCUGAGCAAGGUGGAGCACCACCAGUGAUUUAGCCCAACCAUAUUCUAGAGCUAAGGAACCUGAUAUGGAAGUGCCAUGCCCUGGGCUGGGCCUCUUUCCUUCUAGUUCACAACUGCAGUUUUGAGAUUGAAAGACUGAAGGUCUUCCUGUGCAAACCCCCUGUGCAUUCACUAUAUGUUACCUUUCUCUAAGAGUGGAGUGGUGGGACACUUGGGUGGCUCAGUUGGUUGAAUGUCCAGCAUUAGCUUCAGGUCAU